CUACGGCGUUAACGUACUUACAACAUGGCCGCGGUUGACAUAUAAACAAACCCGCUCAGCUUAAAGGAUGAGGCUGCUAGUGAAGGCGGUGCAGUCUGCUAUAAAGCAAAGAGAGAGUAGCCGGAGACACUUCUGGGGCUGGCUCAAUGCUGUUUUCAAUAAGGUGGACUACGAGCGCAUCAAGGCUGCGGGUCCCGACCGGGCGGCGUCCGAGUGGUUGCUGAGGUGCGGUGCCAAGGUGCGCUUCCUGGGUUUGGAUCGCUGGCACGGAGACUACAACGCGCUACCCACCGGACCUCUGGGACGCUUCAAGAUCCAAGCCAUCGACGCCACAGACUCCUGCAUCAUGUACCGAGGCUUCGACCAUCUCGAAGGUUUGCAGUACGUGGAGGAGGUUAAGCUCAACAAGUGCACGUACAUCGAGGACGCGUGCUUGGAGCGACUCAGCUCGCUGGAGAACCUGCAGCGCAGCGUCUUCAUGAUGGAGGUGGUGUCGUGUGGGAACGUCACGGACAAGGGCCUCGUCGCUCUGCACAAACUCAGGAAUCUAGAGUACCUGUUCCUCAGUGACCUGCCCGGUAUCAAAGACAAAGAGAACACGGUGGAACGUUUAAAGACGGCACUCCCGCGCCUUGAUAUCCACCUGGACCUUGACUAAAAAACAAACAACAACAAAGCACUUUAUACUGUUGACAAUUUAUUUAGAGUCAACAUUGGUCCUGUUAACUUUACACCACCAAGGCUCCUCUUUAUGCUCACCCGCAAACCAUGCCUGUGUGCUUCCAGGGCGCUAUUUUAGGUCCACAGCUUGUUUGUCAUUCUGGCGAUGGAUUGAUAUUUAGCUGCUUCGUGUAUCUGUUUGUCAGGUUGAAUAAACAAUCAUCCAAAAGCAUGCAUUAUAUAGCAUCAUUGAAGACUCUAAAUUGUCCUUUGGUGUGACCGUGCGAAUGGUUGGUUUUCGAACUGUGCUCUGUGAUUGGCCAGAGAUCAGUCCAGGGUGUGCCCCGCCUCUCACCCAAAGUCAGCUGGGAUGGUAAAGCCACUCUUUCGUUAGCCUAAUAGCAUAAUUGCCAAAGUCAUUUUGAAAUGAUUUCAGGGGAAGACAAAUAAAAACAUUCAACAGUG